AUGAGCAACGAUGACAACGGUGAUGAGCGAGGACAACGAAUGGCAACAGCAGCAGGUGACGAUGGCGGGCACGAACAGGGGCAGCAGGGCCAGUGGAAGGUGACGGCAGGCACAGAAUGUCAAUGCCUGUGCCUUUGUCUUGCUUUUACCUUUGCCCUUGCCCCUUGUUCUCCCUCCCUCGCCCCUUGUUUUCCUCCACCUGCUGCUGCCCGCCGAUUGCCCUCCUCGUCCCAACCUUCACUGGUUCACCCCUCACUCUUCACCCCUCACUGGCACCCCUCAACCCUUGCCCUCAACCCUUGCCCUUCACCCCCCUUGCCCUUUGCCCUUGCCCUUCACCACCACCCUUCACCUCCUGCCCAGCACCCAGCAGCAGCAGCUCAAACACAAGGGAGAGCAUGA